AUGUCAUCUCAAACGCGCCUCGAAAAGUGUUGUUGUUCUCGUUGCACUUCGAGAGAAACCACCUUUUCUCGUCGUCGCGGCAAAAAAGUGGCUUUUGUUUCGCGUUCGUCGUCGUCGUCGUCGUCGUCUUCCUCGUCCGGAACUUUGGACGAACUGAUUUCCAUCGCGUCGAGCGAUGACCGCGGAAUAGGCUCGACGCGACGCCGGGAGAUUGAAUCCAUCAUCGACAGACUCCUUCUCGAAGAAGAAGAAGAGAAAAACACGAAGAACAACGAUUUUAGUGUGUCCGCGCGAUGGAAGCUUCUCUGGACGAGCGAACGGGAGACUUUGUUUUUGUUGGAAACGUUUCAAAACUCGCUCGCGUAUCAAACGAUAGACGAAAAGGCGAAGACGCUGCGAAACGCGGUGGAAUUUUCGGGUGGGAACGCGUUCGUAGUGGAGAGCGAGAUUGAAAUUUUGGACGAGAGGAAGGUGAAUUUUACGUUUCUUUCGGCUGGGUUGAAGUUUUCGAACGGGUUUACGCUCCCGGUGCCGCCGGUGGGGAAAGGGUGGUUCGAGAAUAUAUACGUCGGCGAGAGAUAUCGCGUGGCGAGGGAUUCGAGAGGCGAUACUUUGAUCGUCGAGCGGUGUUGA